ACAAAAAACGCUUUCCAUGACACUUUGCGAACAUUGGCCGGCCUCGACAAGUCAUUUCAAUACAAAUUCUAAAUAGAAAUUUUGUGAUAUUCGUAACAAAAAAGAUGGUUCGUGGCGGAAUUCGUGGUCGAGGAAAUAUGCGUGGAGCGGGUGGUAUUCGUGGCCACUUUAAAAAGGCGUUCAUUCCCCGACAUCCAUUCGAUCUAACACUAGCUGAAGUGGUUUUUCCAAGAGUCGGACCUGCACCGGACGAUUCAGCAUUGACCAGUGCUUUGCUGAAACGUAACCAAGAUCUGAGUCCAACCGCAUUCGAGCAGACAGCCAUUGCAAAUUUGGUCACCAAAAUACAGGCCGUCUUGGACAACUUGGUUGUGGCUCCGGGAGACUUUAACACUUGUCAACUCGAUGAGGUCCGCCAAGUUGGAUCGUUCAAGAAAGGAACAAUGGUGACUGGACACAAUGAGGCUGACAUUGUCGUCAUAUUGAAAACGCUACCGACCAAAGAAGCUUGCGAAGCAUUGUCCAAAAAGGUCCAAGAGGAUUUAAAAACGUUGAUGAAAACCGAGGUGGUCACCAAAGCCGAUGUUCUGAAAACCGAAUUGCACGACAAAGGUUUCGACAUAUCGAACCGGCAUGCUUGUGUCAAGGUGCUGAUCACCACUUUGCCGCAAAAUAUUCGCAAAUUGGAAGCCGACACCCAUCUAAAUGCGAAAAUCAUGCAGAGCCACCUGGCUGCCAUUCGUCAUUCGAGAUGGUUCGAAGAGAACGCUCACCACUCAUCGAUCAAAGUGCUGAUCCGCUUGUUGCGAGACUUGUGCAAGCGUUUCGAAGCAUUCCAGCCACUGUCACCGUGGAUCUUGGACCUGUUGGCACACUUUGCCAUCAUGAACAAUCCUAGCCGUCAAGCAUUGCCCAUUAAUUUGGCUUUCCGGCGCGUAUUCCAACUGCUUGCCUCCGGUCUAUUCCUACCUGGCUCUGCAGGCAUUUCCGAUCCCUGCGAAAAUGGUCACAACCGUGUACAUACGUCGUUGUCGCUGGAGCAACAGGAUGCGUGCUGUAUGUCGGCUCAAACGCUGUUGCGAGUAUUGGCCCAUGGCGGAUACAAACACAUUCUUGGCUUGGAAGGUAAUACGAGUAUUGCACGUGAAAUGUCUGUUUGGGAUGGUGUUGUCGUGUCGCCAGUUGAGGCCGUUUAUGUUAAGCCAGACGAUAAAAAGGAGGGAGACGAAGAUGACGAGAUGAUGGAGGGCGAAGGCGAUGAUAUCAUGGAAUGAACGAUUCGAACGACUACGUUCUUUGGGGUUCCGUUCUGCUCGUUUUAUUUUAAGUCAAAAUUAUUUUCAAUUUGAAAUUACUUUUAUGUCGUAAAUUGUCUCUAAUUUGUAUGUAGCGAUAAGUGGAAAAAAUAUAAUCCGAGUUUUCUGUGCCGUAGAA